AUGGCGAGGCAACAAGUUAUUGCCUCUUCCAUGCUUGCAGUUGCUCUCAUCGUUGGAGCUUUUGCCUCCAUUCCUACAGCCGUGGAAUCCAUCGGCGUCUGCUACGGCGUGGUGGGCAACAACCUCCCGUCCAGGAGCGACGUGGUGCAGCUCUACAGGUCCAGGGGCAUCACCGGCAUGCGCGUCUACUUCCCCGACAGCCAGGCCCUCGACGCCCUCCGCGGCUCCGGCAUCGCGCUCAUCCUCGACACCGGCAACAGCGACGACGUCCUCGCCCGCCUCGCCUCCAGCGCCGCGUCGUGGGUCCAGACCAACGUGCGGCCCUACUACCCGGCCGUCAGCAUCAAGUACAUCGCCGUCGGCAACGAGGUCCAGGGCGCCGCCGCGCAGGGCCGCAUCCUCCCGGCGAUGCGGAACCUCGACGCCGCCCUGGCCGCGGCGGGGCUCGGCGCCAUCAAGGUCUCCACGUCGGUGCGCUUCGACGCCGUCGCCAACUCCUUCCCGCCCUCCAGCGGCGCGUUCGCGCAGGGGUACAUGGCCGACAUCGCGCGGUACCUGGCGGGCACCGGCGCGCCGCUGCUGGCCAACGUGUACCCCUACUUCGCGUACCGGGGCAACCCGCGCGACAUCAGCCUCGGCUACGCGACGUUCCGGCCGGGCACCACGGUCAGGGACAGCGGCAACGGGCUGGCCUACACGAACCUGUUCGACGCCAUGGUGGACGCCGUGGUGGCGGCGCUGGAGAAGGCCGGGGCGCCGAACGUCAGGGUCGUGGUGUCGGAGAGCGGGUGGCCGUCGGCCGGCGGGUUCGGGGCGAGCGUGGACAACGCGCGGAGCUACAACCAGGGGCUGGUCGACCACGUCGGGCGCGGCACGCCCAAGAGGCCCGGGGCGCUGGAGACCUUCAUCUUCGCCAUGUUCAACGAGAACCAGAAGGACGGGGACCCCACGGAGAGGAACUUCGGGCUCUUCUUCCCCAACAAGCAGCCCGUGUACCCGAUCCGGUUCUAAACAACCUAAAGCUGGUAUAUGCUAUGCUAUGCAAGAAGAUGAUGGGAGGGAGAUGCCUCCCUCUUCUUCAUUGCUUUUAUUUUAUCAGCCUAAAUAAACAUUAAAAUACUAGAGUAAUAAGCUGCAUGCACAGCAGUGGUAACUACUCCAUAAAGUGCAGCGUGCACGUAUGAAUAAAGGGAAUUAAGCACAUCUAUGUGUGAUAUGACUGUAGUAGCAGUUGAAGAUUGUAGCAAUUUAAGCCCAAUUGAAGAUUGUAGCAA